CUUCUGAAGGAAAGCAUCACACAAUUUGUGGAGACAGAGCUGAAUAAGUUCCAGAAGGUCCUUGGUUCAGGUUACCAAGAAUGUUUAGAGAAUGAACCAAUAUUGGAUGCUGUAGAUGAGGACCAAAAGAAGACCAGCAGAGACUCGUUUCUAAACAUUGCCUUGAACUUCUUGAGAAACAUGAACCAAAAGAAACUCGCUGACAGUCUGCAGUGCAGGCUUUCUUCUACAGAGUUUCAACAAAAACACAAGUCUAGCCUGAAGAGGAGGUUUGAGUCCGUGUUCGAGGGGAUCGCUAAAGCUGGAAACCCGACUCUCCUGAACCAGAUCUUCACAGAACUCUACAUCACAGAGGGACGAACUGAAGAGGUCAAUGAAGAACAUGAGGUCAGACAGAUUGAAAAGAUAUCCUGGAAACAACACAAACCAGAAACAACCAUCAGACAUCAAGACAUCUUUCAACCCCAACCUGGAAGAAAUGAACCAAUUAGAAAGGUUUUGACAAAGGGAAUAGCUGGCAUUGGGAAAACUGUCCUAACUCAGAAGUUCACUCUGGACUGGGCUGAAGACAGAACCAACCAGGACAUCCACUUGCUGUUCCCAUUUACCUUCAGAGAGCUGAAUGUGCUGAAAGAGACAAAGUUCAGCUUGGUGGAACUCGUUCAUCACUUCUUUUCUGAAAUCAAAGGAACAUUCAGGUUUGAUGAAUUCCAGGUUCUGUUCAUCUUUGAUGGUCUGGACGAGUGUCGACUUCCUCUGGACUUCCACAGGAACCAGGUCCUGACUGAUGUCACAGAGUCCACCUCAGUGGAUGUUCUGCUGACCAACCUGAUCAGGGGGAACCUGCUUCCCUCUGCUCYCCUCUGGAUAACCACAAGACCUGCAGCAGCCAAUCAGAUCCCUGCUGAGUGUGUUGACCUGGUAACAGAAGUCAGAGGGUUCACCGAUCCACAGAAGGAGGAGUACUUCAGGAAGAAGUUCACGGAUAAGAGGCAGGCAAACAAGAUCAUCUCUCAUAUCAAGACCUCACGGAGCCUCCACAUCAUGUGCCACAUCCCAGUCUUCUGCUGGAUCAAUGCUAUGGUUCUGGAGGAUCUGAUGAAAACAAAAGAUGAACCAGAGCUACCCACAACCCUGACUGAGAUGUACAUCCACUUCCUGAUGGUUCAGAUCAACAUGAAGAAGAUCAAAUACGAAAGAGCAGUUGAGAUGGACGAAUACUGGAGUCCAAAGUGCAGAAGGGAGAUUGAGUCUUUAGGAAAACUGGCUUUUGAGCAGCUUUUGAAAGGAAACCUGAUCUUCUAUGAGUCUGACAUGACAGCAUGUGGUAUUGAAAUCAGAGAUGCCUCAGUUUACUCAGGAGUCUUCACUCAGAUCUUUAGAGAGGAGAGAGGACUGUACCAGGACAAGGUGUUCUGCUUCGUCCAUCUGAGUGUCCAGGAGUUUCUGGCUGCUCUUUUUGUUCGUCUGACUUUUGACCAAAAUGGUGUCAACCUGUUGACAGAACCACCUCAAACAUCAGAAAACUCUGUCACAACAAAUCCCGAUUCUGCAGAGACACAACUCCACCAAACAGCUGUAGACAAGGCCUUACAAAGUUCAAACGGACACCUGGAUUUAUUCCUGCGCUUCUUCCUGGGUCUUUCUCUUACAGCCAACCAGUCUUUCCUCCAUGGCUUGAUAACACAUACAGGAAAUAGUACACAAACCAAGCAGGAAACCAUCCAGUACAUCAAGAAGAAGAUCAGUGAGAAUCUGCCUAUUGAGAAAUCCAUCAACCUGUUCCACUGUCUAAAUGAGCUCAAUGAUCGGUCUCUGGAAGAUGAGAUUCAACAUUUCCUGAGAUCAGGAGGUCUCUCCACAGAUGAACUGUCUCCUGCUCAGUGGUCCGCUCUGGUCUUCAUCUUACUGUCAUCAGAAAAAGAUCUGGACCUGUUUGACCUGAAGAAGUACUCUGCAACAGAGGAGGCUCUCAUGAGGCUGCUGCCAGUGGUCAAAGCCUCCAACAAAGCCAUACUGAGUGGCUGCAACCUAUCAGAGAGAAGUUGUGAAGCUCUGUCUUCGGUUCUUAGUUGUCCAUCCUCCAGUCUCAGAGAGCUGGAUCUGAACAAUAACAAGCUGCAGGAUUCAGGAGUGAAGCGUCUCUCUGAGGGACUGCAGAGUUCUCACUGUAAACUGAAAUCUCUCAGGCUGUCAGGUUGUCAGAUCACAGACGAAGGUUGUGCUUCUCUGGCCUCAGCUCUGAGCUGCAACCCGUCUCAUCUUAAAGAGCUGGACCUGAGCUACAACCAUAUAGGAGACCCAGGAAUGAAGGUACUUUCUUCCAGAGUUGAGGAUCCAUACUGCAGACUGGAUAUUCUCAGGAUGGAUCAUAGUGGAAAGCAGUGGUCAACACCUGGACUGAAGAAAUAUUUCUGUGAGCUUGAACUGAACCUGAACACAGUGAGCAGAAAACUCCGACUGUCCAACAACAACAGGAAGGUGGAGAUAGUGAACCAGGAGCAGCCAUAUCCAGAUCAUCCGGACAGAUUUGAAUGGAGUCAGCUGCUGUGUAAGGAUGGUCUCACUGGUCGCUGUUACUGGGAGGUGGAGUGGUCCGGAAGGGUCCUGGUCUCAGUGAGUUACAGAGGGAUCAGGCGGAAAGGUCAAAGCAGGGACUGCUGGUUUGGAGGCAACGAUCAGUCCUGGAGUCUCAGAUGCUGUGAUGAUGUUGGCUACGCCAUCUGUCACCGUAGCGUGAUGGAGGUCAUUGCUGUGCCCCCCGCCUGCCUCUGGCACAAAGUAGCAGUGUAUCUGGACCAUCCUACUGGGACUCUGUCCUUCUACAGAGUGUCCUCGGACACCCUGGUCCACCUCCACACCUUCAACACAACCUUCACUGAACCUCUGUAUCCUGGGUUUGGGUUCUGGUAUGACUCCUGGGUGUCUCUGUCUUCUCUGCGCAGCUCUGCUUCUUCGUCAUAGUAAUACCAGUUGGUGGUGUUGGAUGAUAGCAUCUCUGUUAGCUUACUGGAUGAUAGCUUCUCUGUUAGGUUACUGUAGUGUUUCUCAAUGCAGACGCUGUGAUGAUGCCA